UGAUCGAUGAGUCAGGGGCGAGAGCAGCCGAAAAGGUCCCACUUGUUGCUGAGCAGGAGCGGCGGCAGGAGCGUCAGCUGACGGACGUACAUCUAUCGAUCCUUCUUCACUUCUCACCUCCUCCGACCUGUCGGCAAACACAGCAGGAGCUCCUCUGCAGCUCGACAGCCGCUCCGAUCACACCGCUGCUGCCUCCUCUGCGGCUCUCAGGAAGUCUGGUUUGAUGUCUGCGUCGGCCCUGUAUCCAACGCCGUGUGGAUGCGUCAGUCUGGUCUGUGGACUCCUCCUCCUGGCCUCCUCACCACUCCUCACAGCAGGCCGACUGACUAACUGCACUCACCCCCUGGUGCCAGAACAUGGAGGUUUCCGCUGUGAUCCAUCACCGUGUCGAGGUUUUCCCCUCAAGAGCUCCAUCCACAUCUUCUGUGAGCCGGGAUACCACCUCAACAACAAGGUCCGUGUCUCCAGGUGUCGCCACGGGAAAUGGACGCCUCCGAUACCUGCCUGCAUCCCCAUCAGAGAGGGCCCGAACAUGAACUCCGACGACAGAGUGAAUGACUCGAUGCCAAGCAUGGCGACAACAGCGGUGGGUGUGUCCAUCUUCCUGCUCACCACUACUGCCUGCCUGGUGGUCAAGUCCCGCCUCUACCCCUGUCAAUCACACAGCAGCCGUCGCCCCUCAGACCAGCUUGACCUGAUGGUGGAUGGACUUCCUGUCUCCCUCCCCUCCUAUGAGGAGGCGGUGUACGGCAGCUGGGGACAGCGCCUCCCUGCCUGCUCUGCGCCGGGACCCACCCAGCUCCUAUUGGCACAGGAGGCUCCCAGCUGCCACCCGUCAUCUCUCAACAACCAGUCGGACGGCAGUCAACGUCCCCUUCUGUCCAGCCCCGAAAACCCCCCGCCCCCGUACGAAGAGGUCCAGUCAUCACAUCCCAGAGACAGGAUGCGUGACGGGGACUCCCAGCAGCUACGUGCUGUGCUUUCAGAUGACAAGGACACUUGAUAGACAGACUGCGGGGCUCAUACGUGACAUGUUGUUUAGCAAUGAAGGAUUUUGAUUGACAGCUGCAGUGUUUACUCUGCAGAUAAUUUCAAAGAAAAAUCACGGACUGACAGCAGACUCUGCACUUUUCCCGUUUGGCUGCAGCUCACCAGCAAAAGGGCACUCUUUCCAAUCAUAUGCUAGUUUAGGGGAGGCUGAUAAGCUCUGAUUGGCUGGUUAUCAGGUCACAAAGAUCUGACGGAAGAAAACAUUUAUAAAUGAAUGUUGGAAUGUAUAUUGUGUGUUGUAUGAACGUAUGUGACAGAGGAGGGUGUCUGUGUGCCGUCUGGUGAAAACCUUUAUAACCUGAAUGCCUUGACGAUGUAUGUCUUUGUUUGAACAAUAUUUUAAACGAGAAUGCUUCAGUUUAAAUAUAAACAACAUCACACAAACCGGAGUUAUGAGGUUUUCACAGGACGUCAGUCACAUAAAGAUGUAAGUGCCUGUGUGUAUGUGUGUGUGUGCGUGGUGUGUGUUUUCAGUGUUGCUCUGGAGACGUCGCCCAACCUUUCCCGUCAGUGACGGGGCAGAUCGUGCUGUUGCAGAAACCCUGUUUGUUUCCAUGGCAACCGCCUCUAUUCCAUUUCUGUCUGAUUCUAUCUUUUGUACAGCGUUUCUACUGAUGGUGUUGUGGAUUUGAAGCCAGUGUGGUGCGCAGCAGUGGUGGAAGAAUUAUUCAGAUCCUUUACUUCAGUAACAGUACUAAUACCAAAUGUAGUGCAGUAGAAAGUACAGUAUAUGUGGUGGAGUAUAAAGUUGCAUAAAAUGGAAAUAUUCAAGUUAAGUACAAGUAUUUCAAAUGUGUACAUAAGCACAGUACUUGGGAUAAUGUGCUUUCCACCACUGGUGCGCAUCCACUCUGAUAAUCAAUGGAGACAACAAACAGCAUGUCGUGAUGUUGACUUUGUGUACAGCAGAUGUUGAGAGACUUGAAAAUGCUCGGAAACCAAAUAGUCUUUAAAAGUGUUUUUCCAGUGUUCAUUCCGUGGUGAGUGGAGUAAAAAAUGAAUAUUAUUUUUGAUUAAUUUAAAUGCAUAGAAAAAUAAUCUAAGACAAUUGCACAUUUAUUUGCCCUGGAGGCAUCGGUGCAGACACAUGGGUGCUUUUAACUUUUUUCAUUCCACAACCCCCCAAAAAAAACAAACAAACAAAAAAAAAAACCCAGAAUAAAAAAACUGAAGCUCAUUCAACAUUAAUUCUCUGUUGGUUUCCUCACCUCACCCAUCUGGUUCCCUCUCUGUCCCUCUUUAACCUCUGCACGGUGAUUCUCGCCUUUACAGACCUUGAAUGUAUUUUAUGUGGCUACAGAUCUUAAUUAAUAUAUGGAUUGUUAUACUUGCAGGAAGAUUAUUUGUACAUUAUGUUAUUGCACAGAAUUAUAUGAUGAAUAAAUGUUGAGAUGUUUGAUA